CACAUGUUGGAAGUUCUGUUUGUAUAUCAAAUAUGUCAAUAAAACAAGGGUUCCGUUUAAGGAAUGUAUACAAUAAAGUUAAUAAUAAUAUAUUUGGUGUGUUAGCAAGGAAGAACCACGUGUGGAAUGAUGAGAAAAUAGUGAAGUCUCCAUUCAAAGAUGUUGUUGUUCCGGACGUAACCAUUGCGGAAUAUGUAUGGCAAGUGCUAGAUAAAUACCCAACUAAAACAGCAACGAUAUGUGCAGUUACAAAAAGAAACUACACAUACGAACAAGUAUACAAACAGAGUCAGGUGCUAGGUGCAAGUCUUAGAAGAAAAUUUAACAUUCAAGAUGGCGACGCUGUUGGUGUCAUGCUGCCGAAUAUACCAGAAUAUCCAACUGUAAUGUUUGGAAUACUCAAUGCUGGUGGUAUUGUUACCACAUACAAUCCUAUAUACACAGCUUAUGAAGUACAACGUCAAUUGCUAUUGUCUGAAGCAAAACUAAUGAUAACACUUCCAGAAUUAGUUCCAGUAGUUAGAAAAGCUUUGGAGUUAGCGAAAUUGAGCAUACCCAUAAUAGCUGUGAACGUAAACCAAGAUUUACCAGAUGGUACGGUCUCUUAUAGAGAACUGGUAGAAGAUAAUCACGUUGAUUUAAAUAUUUUAAAAGAAGUAAAUAGAAAUACAAACGAUGUAGCGUUUUUGCCAUAUUCCAGUGGAACUACUGGUCUACCCAAAGGCGUGGAGUUAACAAAUAAAUGUCUGGUAGCAAAUUUCCAACAGCAAACUACGGAUAUGAGAUUGUAUUCAUAUACGACAGAAACUAAUCAAGAUUCGGUACUGGCGGUGUUGCCAAUCUUCCACGUAUACGGUUUAUCAGUUGUAACGCUACAAAAUUUGGCAGCUGGUCUGAGGAUCGUCACGUUACCUAAAUUUCAGCCCGAUGCGUUUCUAGAUUCAUUAAUAGAAUUUAAAAUUAAUAUCCUUUAUUUAGCUCCUCCUAUGGUAUUGUUUCUUGGAUCGCACCCUCAAGCUACCAAUAAACAUUUGGACUCGGUGCGGGUUCUAGUUUCGGGAGCAGCACCAUUGUCACGUGUUGAUUUAGAUAAACUACUGGCUAAAGUCAAGCACGAUUUUCAUUUUACUCAAGGAUAUGGCAUGACUGAAGCUUCUCCACUAGUAACAAUAAGUCCGAUAGGAUCUAAGGAGUACGAGACAUCCGGAUUUGCUUUACCUAAUAUUCAACUAAGAGUCGUUGAUGCGGAUCUCAAGAACUUAGGUCCAGGAGAGGUAGGAGAGUUACUCAUCAAAGGACCAAACCUAAUGAAAGGGUACAAAAAUAACCCUGAAGCCAAUAAAGAAGUAUUCGUUGAUAACGAAUGGUACAGAAGCGGUGAUCUGGUGAGCAUAGAUGAUGCUGGAUUAGUAACUAUAGCAGACAGGUUGAAAGAACUUAUAAAGGUGAAAGGGUACCAAGUACCUCCUGCUGAGUUGGAGAACGUGGUGAAGGAAUAUCCAGCAGUUGCGGAUGCUGCGGUCACUGGGGUACCAGAUCCCCUAACAGGAGAGAGACCUAAAGCAUUCGUCGUUCUUAAAGAAGGCAGUAAUGUGACCGAGCAGGAUAUAAUGAACUUUGUUAGUGAAAGGGUAGCACCAUAUAAAAAAAUUAAGGAGGUUAUAUUUUUGGAUAGUAUCCCUAAGAACCCCUCGGGUAAGAUUUUAAGAAGAGUUCUGAAAGAAAAAUAUUGUUAAAUUUUGUAAAUAAUAUAAAAAUAGAAUGUUUGUAUAUUUUAUAAAUAUUUUUACUACUUUGUUUAAUUAAUAUUAUUACAACUACUUGUUACUAUUUAUCAACUCAAAUUUACUCAAACGCAAUUGUCAAUAAAAUUCUUUUUUUCUUAAUUUUAUGAAUUGUUUAAGAAUAUUUAAUUUUAUGAAAAUUAAUUGCAUAGACUUUAAUUAUAUUUUAUAUAUAAAGAAUAAUUAAUGUCUUAUUAGUCUUAAUUUAAUUUCACUUUAUUUAUUUUUUCUUUUCGCUGGGCGUUAUAUUUUGUAGGGGCAUGUUAUUCGCUUUUCUUAAUUUCUUUCAAUAGAAUUAUUUUUUGGCAGGACAACUCAAUUGUUAUUUAUUUACGUUUUUACUUAUGUUGUGUAAUAUUAUCUUAUCUGUACUUAUGUAAAUUUAUC